UUGUCGUCUUCUCAACAUUCGACACUUAUCUAUGUUAUCUAACACGUCUAAUUUUACUUUUUGCUCCUCCAGCUCAAAUUGUAACAUGACUCUGAUCUAACCCACCGCGUAGUUUCCUAAAUUCACCGAAGUUUAGCAAAAGAGGAACAGGUCUGAGCAAAGCGGUAACGGCAUGAGCGAUACUUUGCGAGAUUUGGAAUUCCCUAGCAGGCUUAGGAUUUGUGCAUGGUUUCCUGUGACCGGCGUCUCUAAUGUUAAGCAAAAAGUGGAAAUAACGCCACAAAAACACUUCGGAUUUGCAAACCGGAGCCAGAUUUCGAAGUGGCUUGAUGCAGAAGCAUCGUUGUGAGCAGUCGUAUGUAGUGUUACCAGCAUCAGCUCAAGUAGCAGGAGCAGGGAGGUUUUGGGCACAGAUACCCCUGGAGCUGCCCCUAUGACCAUAGUGAUCCGUGGCAACCAGCUCGGGGGAGGGGAUCCUCCACAAGAUGGGCCCCCUGGCAGCCCCCCUUCGGGACCUUCGGGUCCCACUACUGGAGGACAUGUGGUACUGGAGGAAGCGGAGGCAGCAGAGGCUGCCGCGGAGGCGGGGGAAAAGAUGGAGGCUGAGCAGGACUUUCCGCUCGCGGAGCUGGCACGACUCGACGAGAUGAUCAACAGACCACGUUGGGUGGUGCCCGUGCUUCCCAAGGGGGAGCUUGAGGUCCUACUGGAAGCUGCCAUUAGCCUCUGCAAGAAAGGCCUGGACACAAAGAGUGAGGCAUGUCAGCGGUUCUUCAAAGAAGGGCUCACCAUUUCUUUCACAAAAAUUCUAACUGACGAAGCAGUGAGCGGGUGGAAGUUUGAGAUCCACCGAUGUAUCAUGAAAAAUUGCGAGCGGUUAGUGGAGCUGUGCGUCACAAAGCUCCAAUACGACUGGUUCCCUCUGUUAGACCUUCUAGCCAUGGUCCUCAACCCUCAUAAUAAGUUUCAUUCUUAUAAUGGCACGAGGCCCUCAGACACUGUGCCCCAAGGCUCACAGUUGUCAGACGACGAGGUCUAUGCACGACCAACAGACGCGAGAACGCCCAAGGGCUGGGUUGUUGACUUGAUCAACCGAUUUGGCAGCCUGGGAGGCUUCGCUCUGCUCCACGACCGCUUUUGCAGUGGCCCUGCACUGUCCGUUCCUGUUAUUGCUGCUCUCAUUAGGCCUUUUGGAUUGUGCCACAGCCUGCUCACAGUGCCGACGGUGGAGCGUUACCUGAUGCCGAUCGUCCGAAGGGUGCCUUCGUUCCUGGAGCGUUUGACAGACGAGGAACUCAAGAGAGAGGCCAAGAAUGAGGCAAAAAACGACGCACUCUCUGGCAUCGUGAAGGCCCUGCGCUCCAUCGCCUCCCAAGUGCCCAACCAGGAGGAGAUGGUCAAGUCUCUAGAAAUGUUUCGUCUCAAGAUGAUCCUCAGGUUGCUGCAGAUUUCUUCAUUCAAUGGGAAGAUGAAUGCCCUCAACGAGGUGAACAAAGUAAUAGCCAACGUGACUUACUACUCCCAUCGGCACACGGGCAUGGAAGAGGAAGAGUGGCUCACGGCGGAAAGAAUGGCAGAGUGGAUCAAGGAGAACAAAGUACUUCAGAUUGUGCUCAGGGACAGCCUCCAUCAACCUCAGUAUGUGGAAAAGCUGGAGAAGAUAAUUCGUUUUGUGAUAAAGGAAAAAGCGUUGACGGUGGAGGACCUGGAUGACCUGUGGGCGGCGCAGAGUGGUAAACACGAAGCCAUCGUGAAGAACGUGCAUGACCUGCUGGCGAAGCUGGCGUGGGACUUUGCUCCGGAGCAGUUGGACCACCUCUUUGAGUGCUUUCAGUCAAGUUGGACAAAUGCAACGAAAAAGCAGAGAGAAAAACUCCUAGAGCUGAUCAGAAGGCUAGCCGAAGACGAUAAGGAUGGCGUUAUGGCCCACAAGGUGCUGCAACUGUUGUGGAGCCUAGCCCACAGCCCGGACGUCCCGACCGACAUGAUGGAGCUGGCACUGAGUGCCCACGUGAAGAUCCUGGACUACAGCUGCUCCCAGGACCGGGAUGCCCAGAAGACUAUGUGGCUGGACCGCUGCGUGAAGGAACUGCAGGGGGGCGCGGGGCCCUGGGUGCUCCCGGCCCUGCGUCACAUAAAGGAAGUGGCAGUGCUGUACGCGGAAGCCCCUCCAGCCCAGAGGUCGCCUCAUGCCCUCUACAGGCACGAGGUGAUAAACCGGCUGCAGCAGCAGCACACGCUGGUGGUGCUGGUCGCGGAUGGGCUCUCUGCAUACAUGGCGCAGGCGAGACGUCUGGCGCAGGAGCAUCCAGAACUGGAUCCAAACGCCGUGGCUCCGGACAGCCGCUACAGUCACACACAGCAAGUUCAAGAGAGAUUGAACUUUUUGAGGUUCCUUCUCAAGGAUGGGCAACUGUGGCUUUGUGCAGCUCAAGCGAAACAAAUUUGGAACUGUUUAGCAGAAAAUGCUGUGUAUAGUACAGAUCGUGAAGCUUGUUUCAAAUGGUUUUCCAAGCUCGAUACCCGACAAUUGUUAAUGGGUGAAGAGCCCGACCUCGACCCCGAAAUCAAUAGAGAUUUUUUCGAGAACAACAUUCUGCAAUUGGACCCCACCCUGCUUACAGAGAAUGGAAUAAAGUGUUUUGACAGAUUCUUCAAGGCUGUAAAUUCCAAGGAGCUGAAACUGCUGCUGAAGCGAAGGUCUUACCUCCUGGAUGACCUGGAACUUAUUGGUUCCGACUACCUGUGGAAAGUCGUGCUGAACAGUUCUGAGGAAGUGGCCGACAGGGCCAUUGAGCUGCUCCGGGAGACUUAUACAAACCUGGGACCACGGCUGCAAGGGGCACAGGCCGAGAUUCACGAAGACUUCAUCCAGUCCUGCAUGGACAGGCUGAAGGCAGCGUACGACACACUCUCUGUACUUGAGAGGGAUCCUGAGCAUCGUGGAACAGGUCAGGAAACGACGCGGAUGGUACGCGUACUUCGUGUACUAUUUGAGUACAUUAACCAGUGCGACGGGGACUACGGGGAAGAGAGGGCCAUCCUGCCCAUGGCUAGGGCUCACCGGGGGAAGCACAUGGUGUUAACAAUUCGUUUCCCGAGUCCUGGUCGACCAGUGGAGGAUCUGGAAAUGUGGGUGCACACAAAUGAUACCCUGGGCUCUAUACGGAGGCAGAUCCUUUCCAAGGUGAAGGUGAACAAUCUCAACAUGAAGAUCGACCUCUUCAUUAACGCCGACGUGCUCGACCCUGCCGACGACAAAAAGCUCAUAUCUCAACUGCCACUGAAGGACAAGAUGGUGCUGUCAGCCAAAUUAUGCCAAGUGGGUUCCAACAUGCCGUCAUCGCCCGAUUCGAGCUCCGACAGCUCGGCAGGGUCCCCGCAGCACCACUACGAAGGUCCAAAUCCUGAUGCUGAAGGCUGUCUCCCCGGAGUGUUAAUGUCCCGACAGCCCCACUACACCCAGUUCUUGUUCAAGCUGGCAGACCUCGGUAAUUCGCUGAAUGUUCCGGCACUCAGGGAUAGCGCCAUGGCACUGCUUAAAAUUAUACCACCGGAUGCACGGACUGUGGAUAGGCUUUCCAAGUUUUGUUACCACCAGGCUCAGAGGUUGGAGCAAAAUUACUUCCCGUCGUUAGAAGCUGUCUUCUUUAUGUCGUCUCCUACGCAAGUGUUGUACCACUUGGAGGUACUGUACGCCCUGCUCAUGCCCGCGCACAACCCCUGCUCCGAAGAGGCGCAAGAAUUUCAGUACAGCUUCGUUCAAAGCGGAGGGGUACCAGUGGUACUCGGAAUGCUCACGAGAGCCGAUUUCCUUCCUACCCUCGACCCGGUUAUAAAGAGGAGCGCGUACAUGUUGGUCCUGAAGCUGUGCAAACUACUGCUGACAACCGUCGGCUACUGCGUGGUGUUCUCCGCGAGCUCCUUGGAGGCGGCAGACAGCACGACGGUCACGAGGGAAUCGACGGAGCCAUCCGCACGAGUGGUGCAGCUGCAGAUGGCGCUGCAGCACGUGCCCAACCCCGGUCCGGACUGCAUGGUCCGCAACGUAGCGCAGCGGCUCGCCAACCUCCUUCGGGAAGAGGGCACGGGGCACUUACCAGACAUCUCGACAGUGCGGGCACUGGUUCGACGGGCCUGGGCAUCCUCCUGCGGCUCCACGCACCUCGCAAACUCUGCGGAAGAUUUGCAUGCCAUUGUGGAGAACGCUUCUGAGACAUCCGAGGAAGAGCUGGAGCUGUGCCAGGAAGCGCUAGAGGUGCUGGCAAUAACGGUGGCCCUUUGCCCUGAAGUGCUGCACCCGUUGCAAGAGGAAGACACGUGGAAGCGGUUCAUCAUUGAUUUGUUGCUUAUUUGUCCAAAUAGGUGUGUGAGGGCAACAGCUGCUGAGCAGUUUUGUCUCAUAGCAACCAAAUGCUCACUUGGCCAGCAGUGUCUUCUGUUCUUCAUCAACCUCCUUUUUGCCCAGUUAAAUAAGCUGAAGGAACACGCGGGCAGCUCACAGGAGCUGUUUCAGCUGCUGUGUCGUCUGCUGAACUGUGCCUGCUCGACACAGUGCGCCCUGCCUUCUGCGUCGCAGUUACUAAACGAUGAGAUUGAAUGGCUGAAAGCGGUUCGGAAACAAGUGCUGGAAACACGAGUGCUUCAGGUUGACGAGGCACUUCUCAACGGGCAUUUGGGGAUAACGCGAGAGCUGGUCUCUUUCCUCAGUGCUGAGCAGAAGUACUCCAUAGGAUCUGAUGCGUCUAACAGAAAAGGAAACCUGGUCAAGGAGCUAGUCGAAGACUUUGCCUUUCCGGCUUCACGGGUGGUGGCCCAAAUGAGAAAAAGUGCCGCACUGGCCGGCGGCGCGGGUGACGUUGGGGGACGCCCAGCUGUCCCAGUGUGUCCGGGUCCCCCGGCCCUGGUUGGAGCGCUGGAACUGCUCGUGGCUCUGUGCACGGGUUGUGUUCAGAAUCUGCGGCUGACGGCCCAAAUGCUGACGGAGAUGUUUUACGCCGACGGCGAGCGGCCCCUCACGGAGUGGGAGUACCUGCCCCCCGUGGGACCGAGGCCCCAGGGGGGCUUCGUCGGGCUCAAGAACGCGGGUGCUACGUGUUACAUGAACUCUGUCUUGCAGCAGCUGUACAUGAUCGACAGCAUACGUGAAGGAAUAUUGGCUGUCGAAGGUGCUGCUGUCGACCUAAACGAGGACUUUUCCGGUGAAGAAAGGUUAGAACACGAGGGAGGCGGUGUAAAUACUGAAUGUGGUGAAGACGACAGUGCCUGCAGAGAAGAACUACGUCGAGACUACAACUUAGGUGUAUUAAAACAAGUUCAAGCUAUUUUUGGGCAUCUAGCCUGCAGCAGGCUGCAGUACUACGUUCCUCGGGGGUUUUGGAGGCAUUUUAAGUUAUGGGGUGAGCCUGUAAAUCUUCGAGAACAACACGACGCGCUAGAGUUUUUUAAUAGCCUCGUAGACAGUCUGGACGAGGCCCUCAAGGCCCUUGGACAGCCCACAGUGCUGUCGAGGGUCCUAGGCGGAACAUUCGCCGACCAGAAAAUAUGCAAGGGGUGCCCUCACAGGUACUCGAGGGAGGAGUCUUUCACGACACUCAACAUAGACAUUAGGAACCACAGCAAUCUACUAGACUCGUUGGAACAGUAUGUCAAGGGUGACCUGCUUGAAGGGGCGAAUGCGUACCACUGCGAAAAGUGCAACAAAAAGGUCGACACUGUGAAGCGUUUGUGCAUCAAGAAGCUCCCGCCGAUCCUUGCAAUCCAGUUGAAACGCUUCGACUACGACUGGGAACGGGAAUGUGCCAUCAAGUUCAACGAUUAUUUUGAGUUCCCGCGGGAGCUUGACAUGGAACCCUACACUGUGCGGGGUCUCGCAAAGAUAGAGGGAGAAGUGAUAGAAGACGAUCUUGAGACUGAAGAGUCCAGUGCAACGAAGUACAAGCUGACCGGAAUCGUCGUUCACAGCGGACAGGCUAGCGGAGGACACUACUACUCCUAUAUUUUGUACAGGCAAAAGGAAGACGGCUUCAAGUGGUACAAGUUUGACGACGGGGAGGUUGCGGAGUGUCGAAUGGAGGACGAGGAGGAGAUGAAGAACCAGUGCUUUGGCGGGGAGUACAUGGGGGAGGUGUUCGACCACAUGUUGAAGCGCAUGUCCAUACGACGCCAGAAGCGCUGGUGGAACGCGUACAUCCUCUUCUACGAGCGGCUGGAGUCCUCAUCGACGUCCUCCAAGAUGGCGUCCCUCACGCACGCUCUGCAGGAAGCCUCCCUGUCGGACGCUAAGCGGCAGGAAGGUGCGCGAAUGCCCCUAGCCAUAGAGCGAAGCGUCUGGAGGCAGAACAUCAAGUUUGUGCACAAUCGGAACCAGUUUAGUGUGGAGUACUUCCAGUUCAUGAAGAAGCUCAUCAAUUGCAAUGCGCCGUACGUGACGGCUCACCCUGGUCAGGAGAAACUGCCUACUGACGCGGAAGAUCUGGCCAUGAUGAGCACGCAACUUGCAUCGCGGUUCCUGUUCCUCACUGCAUUCCACACAAAGAAGACGCUCAGGGGUCCAGCCAUCGACUGGUACGAAGCACUCUGUUCCCAUCUUCAGCACAGUCGCUACGUUCGGCUGUGGUUCGCCAACAAUGUGCUCUUCGCCCACCCGCAUCGGAUCUGCGAGUAUUCCUUGGAGUGCCCAACAGCGGAGGUGCGGAACGCCUUUGUAAAGAUCCUCGUUUUCUUGGCCCACAUGUCCUUGAAGGAUGGCCCCUGCACAGUGUUCAGUUCAAACUACCUGUCUGACCCCAGCGCCACCCUCUCGGAUCACCUGCUGGUGGCCGUGCUCUCUCUCCUGAACAAGGAAGUCUCUGAGCACGGUCGACACCUUACCCAGUACUUCAGCCUCUUCCAGACGUACGCCUGCUUUGGAGUGGCUGAGAGGCUCCAGUUGCUGAAGCUGAACGUGCCAGCAACAUUCAUGGCAGUGGCACUAGAUGAAGGCCCGGGCCCCCCGAUAAAAUACCAGUACGCUGAACUGGGCAAGCUGUACCAGGUGGUCAGUCUCCUGGUGAGAUGCUGCGACGUCUCGUCCAAGACCCACUCCUGCCAACCGAACACCCCUCCACUGCCGAAUAUCCUCAUGGGAGACCAAAUAUGCCAAGAAUACUUAAUGCCAAUACAGCCGCAGGUUGCUGCCAUUUUAUACAACAAGUCAAGCUAUGUGAAGAAGAUAAUCGAGGAUGCAAACACAUUGGAGGACACCGUGAAGCUUUUGAAAUUCUGUUCGUGGGAGAAUCCACAGUUUUCAUCUAUGGUGUUGAGCGAACUGCUCUGGCAGAUAGCUUACACGUACACGUACGAGCUGCGCCCUUUCAUGGACCUGCUCUUGCACAUCCUUCUGCUUGAGGACUCCUGGCAGAACCAUCGCAUUCACAACGCCCUCAAAGGUAUUCCGGACGAUCGGGACGGUCUCUUUGACACGAUACACCGGAGCAAGAACCAUUACCAGAAACGGGCUUACCAGUGCAUCAAGUGUAUGGUCUCCCUGUUCAGCUCCUGCACUGCAGCCAUUCAGAUGCUUCACACAAACGGAGAGUUAAAACGAAAGUGGACAGCGGCAGUCGAGUGGCUGAAUGAUGAGCUGGAGAGGAGACCCUACGGUAGCAACAGCCAGUACAGCUACAACAACUGGUCUCCACCGGCACAGUCCAACGAGACCUCAAACGGCUAUUUCCUCGAGAGGUCGCACAGUGCCCGGCUGACCCUCAAUCGUGCUAUACAGCUCUGCCCUGAAGAGGAACCUGAGGAGCAAGACAUGUCUGAAGAAGGUGACAGUCCACCCGGUCAGCAGCAACCUCCUCAGCAGCAACAGCUUGAUUCAAACAAGUUACCAUCUUGGCAGCAGCAACAACAGCAGCAGCAGCAACAGCAGCAACAACAACAACCACCGUGUUGUCAACCAACUCAGCCCCAUUCAGCAGCUACCCACAGCGUGCCCUUCAGCCCUGCCGCCCCUGCGCCCGUACACCAAGCACCCUCACGAACUGAACCGUCAAAAGACUCGCUCCGCGGAGUUCAGCCGCAACCAACGCCUCCGUCGGAACCAGUGGACGACAAGCCUGCAUGAUGAUGAUGAUGAUGAUGGUGCUUGGUGACGCUAGAAAAUGCUUUGUUUGUAAGUAUCUGUGUGGCUUACCGCCUUGGGAGUGCUGUGCAUCGGCUUCGGCUUGUGGAUUGGCUAGAGGAGCUCCCGGGCUCGCUCGUGCAGGAACUCUCGGAAGCCACCCAGAGCGAAGUCCACCUUGACUCUUUUUUUCCCAUUCUCCGUGUGUUUUUGCGAGGGACUGUAGUGCAUAGGUGAGAAUGGACUGGGAAACACGGACGUGGUUUUGUUCACUCGGUGUUGUUUAGCGGGAAAAAGAUGUGAAAUAGAAGUGCUGGCUUUCUUACGUGCUUUUGCGACAGGAAAAAAAAAAAGGUUUUUGAACUGAAACGAGGCUUAGAAGUAGGACGUAGCGCAAAAUUUAAAAGGAAAUGCACAGUGCUUUCAUUAUGGAUUUGCGUAAAUUUUAAUUUUUGCAAACUGUGCACCGAGACCGUAGCACCCACCGUGUCGUCUGCACCGUGACGUCUGGUUCUGACCCACCUUUAAUUUAUUGCCGACACAACUCUCGACCAGGAGACGCGAUGCUGAUGAGACCAGGGGUUUUUUACCACCUUUUGCAAUGUUUUUUUCUCGCCUUGCUUUUUCUUCUGUACAUAAAAUACGAAAAUGUAAGUCGGCUGGAAUGCAUUCAGCACCAGGGACCUGGAUUCCCCUGGAGAAAGACGGCUCUUAUACGCUACAUAUAUAUAUAUAUAUAUAUAUUAUAUAUAAUAUGAAAAUAUAGGUUCCUUUUUCUCCUUCACUACUGAAGAAUGCCGUACUGUAGUGCCGUAUAAGAGAGUUGUAAACACCUCGGCUGCUCACAGGAUGCUUUUAUGCAAACAGACAAGACAAGUCAAGACUGGUCUUCUUGUUAUGGUGAUACAUAACCUGCAGUGAUUUUUUUCUUACGCGAGGGAAUGUUUGUGCAGCACCACAGCUUGUACAGAGAGAAACAAAUUGAAAACAUGCACUUACGUGCAUAUUUGAUGUUCAGCAUGAAUAAAAUUUUCGAAAUCUGUA